AGAUGAUUUAAGUCCUAAUUUACUUUUAAAUUUUAAUGAGACUAGCAUUUAUGGAAAGUUCUGUAGAUACUCAGUAAACAAAAUAGAAUCCGAAAAAUCUAGAGGGUUAGGUACAGUAACCACAACAAAAGAAAUGUUUAAGGGAUUAUUAGAAGGGAAAUCUCUAUUUAAAAGAACUUGUUGCUGUUAAUUUUCCUUCCAGUUAGUUACGAGUUAAUUUCUGAGUAUUUACCUCCAUAAAAGAUAUGGUGUCUAACCCUGGCUUUUGAUUCCUCUUUGUUCCAGAAGUCUCCUCAGCUUUCUGAGGAUGAUACCCAACUAAAAAACGAGAGAGACAACUGUUGUGCCAACCUCCGGGAGCGUGCUACCAGCUCUCCUUCUCCAGAUCCUCAAAAAAUGGAAAUUGAGGUCUCAGUUGCAGAAUGUAAAAGUGUUCCCGGAAUCACCUCGACCCCACAUUCCAUGGACCACCCCUCCCCUUUCUAUUCACCCCCUCACAAUGGUCUCCUCACUGAUCAUGAAUCCCUGGAUAACGAUGUGGCCAGAGAGAUCCAAUAUCUAGACGAGGUGCUGGAGGCCAACUGCUGCGAUUCUGCUGUGGAUGGAACAUACAACGGAACAUCCUCCCCGGAGCCUGGCGCAGACAUCCUGGUGGACAGCCUAAGCCCACCUGCCCACACAGCCAUCCAACCAGAACCCACUGAGAGAGCAGCUGGCAGGCAGGCACCUCCUCACAUUGAGCUCAGUAAAAGCAACUCCUACACCAUGGCAGAGGGCGAAAGAGCAAAUGGCCACCCUCCUGACCAGCUCCGAGAUACCCUGGGAGACAGCCUGCAGGCACCUGUGAGCCCCAGCUCCUCCACCAGCUCCCGGUGUUCUUCCCGAGAUGGGGAGUUCACGCUCACCACACUGAAGAAGGAGGCCAAGUUUGAGCUGCGGGCCUUCCAAGAAGACAAGAAGCCCUCCAAGCUCUUUGAGGAUGACGAGAGUGAGAAAGAGCAAUACUGUGUCAGGAAAGUGAGGCCUUCAGAAGAGAUGCUGGAGUUGGAAAAGGAAAGGAGGGAACUAAUCCGGAGCCAGGCUGUGAAAAAGAAUCCUGGCAUUGCAGCCAAAUGGUGGAAUCCCCCCCAGGAAAAAACCAUUGAGGAGCAGCUGGAUGAGGAGCACCUGGAGUCGCACAAAAGAUACAAGGAGCGCAAGGAGAAAAGAGCGCAGCAGGAACAGUUGCUGCAGCAGCAGCAGAUGCAACAGCAGCAGCAGCCCCCACCGCAGCUCUGCACGGCGCCUGCUGCCUCGCGUGAACAUUCAAGCAUGACUGAAAAUGCAAAGGAGGACAUCGUCACAGAGCAGAUAGAUUUCUCUGCUGCUCGUAAACAGUUUCAGCUGAUGGAGAAUUCCAGGCAAACAGUGGCCAAAGGCCAGAGUACACCCAGGCUGUUCUCCAUUAAGCCCUUCUACAGGCCUCUGGGAUCAAUCAGCUCGGACAAACCAGUGACCAUCUCGAGACCGGCCUCUGUCGGGGCACCUCCAGAAGACAGUGCUGCAUCGACGACCAAGGGGCAGAAAGUCGCCUGUGCCCUCGAUAGCCAGUCCGUGGGAGGAGGCCAAGGUGGUGCAGCUCCUCAGGGAAAGGAAGGGCCCUACAGUGAGCCCUCUAAACGUGGGCCCUUAUCUAAACUGUGGGCAGAGGACAGAGAGUUUACAAGUGUUCGGGCAGUCCUUACUGUGGUCAAGGAUGAUGACCAUGGGAUUUUGGAUCAGUUCUCAAAAUCAGUCAAUGUCUCUUUGACCCCAGAGGAGCUUGACUCUGGUUUGGAUGAAUUGUCAGUGAGGUCCCAGGAUACCACCGUCCUGGAGACUCUGUCCAAUGAUUUCAGCAUGGACAAUAUCAGUGACAGUGGGGCCUCCAACGAGACAACCAGUGCUCUCCAGGAAAAUUCACUGGCUGAUUUUUCUCUGCCCCAGACUCCACAAACUGACAACCUCUCAGAGGGCCGGGGAGAAGGUGUCUCCAAGUCAUUUAGUGACCAUGGUUUCUAUUCCCCUUCUUCCACACUGGGAGACUCUCCGUCAGUCGAUGACCCCUUGGAAUAUCAGGCUGGUCUCCUGGUGCAGAACGCCAUUCAACAAGCCAUCGCCGAGCAAGUGGAUAAAGCUGUGUCUAAAACCAGCCAGGAUGGAGCAGAACAGCAGAGACCUGAAGUCACUCUAGAGGAAGCUGAAACUGGGCCGUCCAACUCAGAGAAGCCUCAGAGUAUGUUUGAGCCACCUCAGGUGUCUUCUCCUGUUCAAGAGAAAAGAGAUGUCUUACCAAAGAUUCUGCCUGCUGAAGACAGAGCGCUCAGGGAAAGGGGGCCCUCCCAGCCACUGCCUGCUGUGCAGCCCAGUGGCCCAGUAAACAUGGAGGAGACCAGGCCUGAAGGGGGCUACUUUAGCAAAUAUUCAGAGGCAGCUGAGCUGAGAAGCACAGCCUCCCUUCUGGCCACUCAAGAAUCAGAUGUGAUGGUUGGACCCUUCAAGCUGAGGUCAAGGAAACAGCGGACUUUGUCCAUGAUCGAAGAAGAGAUCCGAGCAGCCCAGGAAAGGGAAGAGGAGCUGAAGAGGCAGAGACAAGUCUUGCAGAUCACGCAGAGCCCCAGGGCAAAGAACGCUCCAUCCCUGCCCUCCAGAACAACGUGCUACAGAACUGCUCCAGGGAAAAUAGAGAAAGUCAAACCUCCUCCAUCCCCCACAACCGAAGGCCCCAGCUUGCAGCCUGACUUAGCCCCCGAAGAGGCUGCCGGAUCCCAACGGCCCAAGAAUCUGAUGCAGACCCUCAUGGAAGACUAUGAGACACAUAAAUCUAAAAGGCGCGAGAGAAUGGAUGAUAGUAGUGUCCUUGAGGCCACACGGGUGAAUCGAAGAAAGAGCGCACUGGCCUUGCGCUGGGAGGCAGGAAUCUAUGCCAACCAGGAGGAAGAGGACAACGAAUAAACUUCUUUCAACCCAGGAAGCUUCUUUGGUGCUUGGGAUGCCAAGAAACCAAGAAAUUAAUCAGUCAAAGCAUUUUCAUGAAGUAUUUAUUGAAGUGCAACCAAACUCAGCAAUCCUUAUGUAGACCAGAAGCUGCAAUAGAUAGUGAUGAAAAAUGAAUAAUGUGAAAAGGAAGUCCACCCAUCAAACUCUGACACCCAGGAGUCAAAAGAGAAAGGAUUUUUUUUUUUUUUUCCUUUUGUGACUCAAAGAAUUGUCUGGAUUGGGACCAAUCCACGAUUGAUUAAAAAGGACAAAGAAGUUACAAGCAAAUCAACAUGGUUACUACAGGUAGAACUGAGACCUGCCUCACUGGGUGAUGAGGAAGAACAAGUGGUGGUGAUAGGGCAUUUAGGGAGCAGUAGGACCCAGGCCCGGGCAGUCUGCCUAACCGGGGCAUUCUCUGUACCCGUUCCCACCCACCACUUGCAGCACCAAAGGUGUUGGGUUAACCCUGUUUACUCCAGCAGCCAUAAAAUGAACGAUGUUUCUUUCCAUAUUUUCUCAGAAGAGGCAGUUAUGAUUCCAUUUCUCUUACAUUUAAUUGUUUUUAAUUGGGAGCAAUUAAUGAUUGCAAUUCAUAAAAUCCACAUUUUUAAGACAAUAUUUCUUCAUGUUGUAAACACAAUCUAUGUUGGGAGGUUGAAAAAGGGGGAGAAAGCCAAACCAAAUGGAUUAUUUUAGCUUUAGAAUCUUGUCUGUUUAUAAUAUUAACUGAUCUGCCAUUUAUGAGAACACAUUUUCAUACUUACAUUUCUUCAUACAAAAACUGUAUUUAGUGGACAACAACUAUUUUUAUGAUGGGAUGGGGGAAUAUAUGUAUAAAAUCUGUACGCAUUGAACAGCUUGGUUCAAGAUGGUGGGGUAUUUUUAGAGUGGCAAUAAUUGGAAAAAAAGGGUGAACUCUGCCUUGAGGGAUAGAUGACAAGAAAUAAAAAGGUGUUUAUAACGAUAUUUUAUAUAAUAAAGUGGGCCUUAGAGGUGGUAGGAAGAAUGAUGGGUGAUUAUGGAGCAAUCAGAAAGGAAAAUUUUAAGAAAGGUCACGAAGGUAGAGAGAGAAGACCGGAGGGUUGAAGAGGGGAAAAUAAGAAAGCAAGAGAGAUUAUUUUUGCUAACAACAAGUGUUUUUCAGGAUGAUGGAGAAAAAUAUAGAAUAGAAAUUUAAGUUCAGGCUUGGAAUCAGCUACAAAUCCUAAAGAUGGUGUGCGUGCGUGCGUGCGUGCGUGUGUAUGUGCGCGCGCGCGUGUGUGUGUGCGUGUGCAUGUAUGUGCACCUUUGUAUGUUUCUAUCAAGUAUGUAUGUUCAUCAGUGAGGGUGUGUGUGAGGGUUAAAAUUCCAGAAUGAUCGUGGGACAUGGGUGUAUAGUUAUUUCCUUCAAAGCUGUUUACCAGCUUGAGGAGUGAGUGAGAAUUUCUUUUUUAUGAAAAGGAGUAUAAAGGCACCGAGUUGAUGCAGUGUUUGUAGUAUUAAAUUGAAUUUGCAUGAGUCACAAUUGCAAAAUUUUGAGCAGUUUUGUAACUUGACACUUAGGAAAGUAUUGUAUUUAUUCUCAUGAUUUGUAUUCAUGCUUAGUAUACUAUAGAGGAUGCCAGCUUUACUCUUUCUGUCAUUUAAAGCAAUACAAUAAGGGUAUUCAAUAAUUGGGUGCCCUGAAUUUCUGGAUGAGAAAAAUGUUCAGUUCUGGCCAUGAGAAAAACUCACCAGCCCCCCUCCCCUUUUUUACUUCUCUCAGCUUUAAAACUAUGAUUUUUCAAAAAGCAAUAAUUAAGUCAGACCUCACUGAAAUUCAUUUUUGUUUUCAUGCAGUUUGUCACAAGCUUUAGUACGUUACUCUGACAAGUAGCACUUCCACAAAAUUUGUAUGUAGUGUUAAACGCACAUUAGUUUUGCUUCUUUUGUUAGACUCGUGUUGACUUUGGGGGAAAGUUUAGUCACAGACAAAUGGUGGGCACACAGCAAGAAUGGAACUGUCGAAUAACUUACAAGGAUCCUUUCAAACUGCCAAGGGAAUCUGUAAUUGGAAGACAAAUUCUACAAACGGUAACAAAGAACAGCAUAUGGGCAGUUGGUACCAUCUUUAUGUGGUUCAUUCCUCUGAAUAGGAGUCAAUCAAACACGCUAGCGAGCCAUAGAGAACACAAAACAAGUAAGAUCCCCACUGUAAGGAAUCCAUUUUCUGGUGGGGAGGCUGGCAUGGGGACACACAGUUCCAGGAAAAUGAGAUCUAUGUUAGAUAAGAAAUCCUGGAAGGUGGAGUGGGAGCACUCAGGUGAGAGGACUAUCUUUGCCUGAGGAUCUCCAGCCAGCAGUCCCAGAAGCCUGGGCUGAGGACCCAACAAGAAGAGGGUGUUCCCAAGGCAGGCCCGUGGAUGAGGCAGCAGCAUCAGUGCCCCAGGGCACAGCCCACAGUUAGGGUGGCUGGAGAGCAAGGUAGUUCUAUGGGCUGCACAAAAAAAUAACAAGUGCUUCAUGUUUUCUGGACUCCAGGAUCUGGUAGAGACCAUAGAGAUGAUGUGGGCUAAUUUCCUCAUUUUUCACAAGAGGAAACAGUCCUCAUGACUUACCUUAAGUGUUUUUGGUUUUGCUUUUUUGCGGGAAAACAUGUACUCACGUUAAACCUACAUUGGAGAAGAGAAUUUGCAGCCAAAAGGAAAGUUUAGGAGACCACACAAUUAACUGAAUAGCUUUAGAGGCAGACUGACAAACUGGUCUUUGACUUUGAUUGAACCAGAGGCACUUACUUAAGGAAUAGUUUAGAAUUUUAGGGGUGGGUCCUUUGGUCCACCAUCUAUACGCUUAGAUAAGGUCAGAGAACUGUUUACCUGUGGCCCCUGUAUCUCUGACUUUAGCUCCUUCUCCUGUGCUGCCUUCCAGAUGACUGCUGUGGAUUUCCUUGCCCCACUCACUAAUGAUCCUGUUAUAAUCCUAUCAAAGUGUAAAUUACAGUUCUCUAGGAAGAGCCAGAUUUUCUCUGCGCUCUUGAGUUUUUUACUCCUUCAAGAAACAUUCGGCCGCCACUUUGUACAUAGCACCAUGCUAGGCUCCGGGAUCCCAGAAGAACCCCUGUAACUUCCUGAAGAUGGAACAGAGCCUAGAGGAAAGUCAUUCCUACCUAAUCUAUCGAGGGAUGGAGGCUUGGGAAAAACUUCGCUUCUGAUGCUCAUCCCCACCCCCAGUAGCACGCAAGCUUGUUAAUCUCAACUAUAACGAAUGUUUAGAUUCCAUAGAUGUUAAAAGCCUUCCUGAAAGUAUUCCACUCUACAGUGUUUAUAGAUGACGUCACUUUCCUCCGGAGCUGAUUACUGACAUGCCUUGACUCUCUCAUCCAGAAAUUAUGGAAACAGGGUCUGUCAGUGGCAGGAGGCUGGGCUGUGUUCUACUUGGAUGACGCCAUGCAAUUUCCCUGCGUCUUUGUACUCCUGCAUGCUGCCCACCCCAGGCAACAAUAUAUAAGCAGUAUAUAGGUCAGUGUCCACACAUAUAUACACACAAAUAUAUAUAUAAAGCAUAACAAAGAACACGGAAGCAGUGUCGACUCUUGUCUCUGAAGACAAAGAAUUUUAAAUUUUUUUCCAACUAAAGAAUGGAUUUAAUUAAACUAUGUAUUGGGGGAAAAAUAGCAUAAAUGUUAGAGAUGGUGAAAUAUCCAGUUUUAGUUACAGAAUCCAUCUGAAUUUUAAGCAUUCAGUGAGCUGCCAAUUUUGAUUUUGUGUUGCUCUUUACCCAAAUGAUACAUAUAUUUUUUGGAGGAGGGAAAGAAGCAGCAAUACUGUGUUUGAAAAUUAUACUCUGUAUCUGGCUUUCCUGUGUAAUGUUAACCACUUAAAUGUUAUUAGCCUGCUUCGGUUUUAUAGUGAUUGUGAGGCAUUCAGUGCAAGUAUACAAUUAUUUUCUCAUUAAAACCCAAUGUGUGUUGUGUUUUUAUAAGUGAUGGCUACCUGUCUGGCUGCGGGGGGAGGCCAGCCCCCAUGUCCUCUACAUCUGUGUAGCAGCAUCUGCGUCCUGUACUGCAUGGAGUGCCCACACAUUUGGACCAAAAGAACUAAUACCAGCUGGUGGAGCACCACUGUAACAGGCUGUCCCCAAAGCUACUUUUGCAUUGUCAUCUUCAGCUGCCCGGGCUAGACCCCAGAAGCCUUCCACAGGACCCACAGAAAUGAAACAUGUACUUUUUGAUGAGGAGAUAGGCUCAAAAGCCAAAGUGAUAGUUGGGCAAAAUAGGGUAAGCUGUUGACUCAAGCCCUAUGUGUGGCUGUUUAGCUCUAAAUUCCAGCACCUAUAUUUGGCCCUUGUGAGAAGAGACCAUGUCAGUCUUCAAAGAGUGUACUGAGACCACAGGUUAAUCAGGAAGCUUCCUCCCCAGAUUUUCUCCUGUACUACCUUCCCCUCCCUUCCACUUCCUUGUCCCCCCUUCACGCUCCAGCUGCCUUG